UUUUUAUUUUCACUUUAGUGCGUUUGACUGCGACGAUAGUAGAAAAUUUUAAUUUUAUGCAAAGUUAAAACGGAUACGGCGUCAGCAAAAACGUUGUAGUUUUAGGAAUUGUGCGGCGUAAGUUUUAACAGUGUAGUUUUCAAGUUGGCUGUGAUUGGAAAAUGGAAACGAAUUGCUGAAACUAAGCGAGCUGGUCUCGAUUAGAUCGACUGGUAAAAUACUAGUCAGGAGGAGAACGAGAAAGUGUAGACGAAAUUGUAAGUCUGUAUACGGUGUACGUAUCGUCGGUAGAAGUGGUUGCGGUGGUUUCUAUAAGAACUGCUGCAAACGUUUCGGCAGUAAGAUAACCAGUGGGUAGCGAUGGAAGCCGAUUUCAAUGCUUUCGCUGAAUCUUUAUCAGCAACAUCUGAUGAAGAAGAUGAUUUUUCUACAGCUGAAGAUAGUUCAGACGAUUCGGAUGGCGCUAGUAGUGGGCCAUGGCAGCAGCAAAUGAGCAAACAGUUGUGUGGCGCAAAAAAUACGAUUAAUACAAAUAACAAUCCUAAAAAUUUGGUGCAUAAAAUAUACAAUAGAGAGCGUACUGACAAUUUUGCGGGUAAAACUCGAACUGCUCAUGCCCCACAACGCGCUUUCGAUCAAGUGCCAAAUAGAUUAAGAUUUUGUCUCAAGGAUAUUGUGCCGAAAUGCUUCCUACAAGGUCACAUGUUUAUGGGUCUAAGCGCUUGUGGCCAAUUCCUCCUUAGCUAUAAAGUAUGCUGCAAUGACAAUAUGAUGACCAACCACUAUUCCUUUGGUUAUGGCUAUAAAUAUACCUUGUACUUUUGGGUCUACCAACCGCACAAACCACUACGCAGUUUCUUCAAGUGCUGCCUUUUUGACGAUCAUGGUGUUGACAAUCUGAAGAAAGUAACGAUGACUCAGUGGAAGUGUUCCGAUCCUCGCAUACUCAUUGUACAUGGCGCAGCUGAAAAUGAGCAUGAGGAUUCAUAUAUAACCUAUGUUAAAGUUCCUAAACUCGGUUGUUUAGAUUGUAAGAAACUCCGAGACAAUGAGGAUAGUACAUACUUUCGUUGGCAUAUGCUGUGCUUAAAGUGCAACCUCACCAUACACACAAAGUAUUCUUCCUCAGAAUCCGAUCCAAAAUUCGAGCCACACAUAAACCUCAUAUGUCCCGAACGUGUUUUAAUUGUAUCCAAUGGUUUUAUGCAUAUGAUGCAUAUUGAAGUGUUGCCUGCCGUAAGCACAACCAAUACUCAGCCGCCACCACAACAACAGCACCAUUUGUUAUCAUCUAGUCGUAGUACGCCGUGCCAUGAAUCAUCAGCUAUGAGCACAUCGAGCAUGGAGCGCCGUCUGCUGCCGCUUACUGCCGACGAACAAGCCAGUUGUGAUAACCAUAAUAACGUUAUCGCACGUAUUAUUGCCGACUUUAGUGAUAUCGAAACGGAUUCAACGCAUUCCAGCGAAACACCGAUACGUGCUUCACAAAGUGAGGCGUCACUCACCUCACCGGGUUCGGCUGUGACAUUUAUUUCGCGUAAAACUUAUGAUGAAGUGAUUUUCACCUGCAGUGGCAGCGCCUCACCCAAUGCGGGUGCCGCUUCGAGCGGCAAUAAUGCGAGCAAUGGCAAUAAAAUGGUUGAAUCCACAGCCAGCGCCACAACGACAGGUCAUAAUAGCAGCCCUGGUGGCGGUAGCACAGCGCGUUUUAGUUUAAUUAAUCACCGCGGUCGGCGUCAUCAUCGUAUCGUUACAAAAUCCUUUCGCAAUGGCGUCACAACCAUCGAUCUGCAGACAACAACUCCCAACUCCACCGCGACUCCAGCUUCGGCUACAAUGGCUGAUCGGCUGAACGCUUAUGAAUUUACCGAGGAUAAUGAGAAGUGUGAGAAGAUCUCUACGCUGCGCAAGCGUCGCCUAGCCGAUAAGAAAUAUGAAUUUUCCGAAGACAACUCUGAGAAUAUUGUGCCGUUUACGAAAAUACGUUCGGCCAGCAAAAAUCUCACCAUGUCGCAUUACACCACCUCGUAUGGCAGCAAUAGCGCGCGUACGUUGCACCGUUCGGCCACUGCAACCGCCGCUGCCACCGGUUCACAUCAUUUCUACAAUUCGCCAUGCGCAUCGCCAUCAUCAUCGCCCCGUCCAUCGCACGCAUCGCCAUCGAAUUGCAACGAUGCGCGUCACUGCACACCACCGCCCAUGCAUCGCGCUUCGCCCAUAACUUCGCUGCAGCAAGGCUUUCGCUCGCCGCCCUGCAGUUCACCCGUUGCUGGCGGACACAUACGUUCACCCAGCCGUCACGUGACGCCAGCACACAUUUACGGCUCCAUCUCGCCACCGCAAACCAUUUCCACAGCCACACAGCAAAUGUUGAGCUUUAAGCCAUUGGGCACGCUAUCGCCUCUACAAGUGUCGCUGGCCAAGCGUCAUUUGGAUUUGAGCGGCGCCAUGUCACCGAAUGCCAAUGCGCCAUUCCUAUCGCCACGACGCGAAGAAAAUCGUGUGGUGGAGCUGCCAUUGCAGACAAACACCACGGCGGAGAAACCGCUGUGCACGAAAAAGUUCAAGCGACGCUUUGUGGAGGAAGAUGACGCCGCCUCGGUCAUAACCAGUGAAGAGGACGACUGCAUAUCCCCGGGCUACCACACUUCGCUGCCCGUUGAGGUGCAUGGCUCGUGCUAUUCGGAAAUGCAAAUGAUUUCUCAGGCCACUUACCAGCAACUCAAUUGUCCCAGUGUGGUGAUAACGCAACACUCUUUCGAUUUGGAGACCUUCACCUACUACACAAUAAGCGCUUUGUGCCAGAAGAACGAGAAGACCUACGAUGUAUUCUACGACUGGGCGUGUGAACUGAUAAAGGUUUGUCCGCUAAGCCAGACAAUCAUUUGCCUGUUGAUGGCACAGUUUUCGGCGCGCGAUCAGCUGCCAACCUCGCCCACAAAUUGCCUCAACUGCUCGUUGAAAUUGGACUGUGUUUAUCAUCGGCGGCAAUUUGAAUGUCGCAUACUCUUCACCUGGAACAUGGAGAACGGUGAGUGGGAGGUGUUGGACUAUGGUGAAUUGCACGAGUAUAAACAGUCUGACAUAUUGAGUCCGAUCAAACGUUGUGGCCGCAUACCGAUUACAUUGUCGCAGACAGCGAAAAAGCUGGCUAGCGAACUGACCGGCAGUCUGUGUAAAAUCGAACAAAACUAUGCGUGUAACCUGCGUGUGCUCGACUCGAAUAUAAAGAAGUCCAAAUUGAGUGUGGCCGAUCAUGAUAAUGCCAUUGAGUUGUGCUUGAAGCGACCACGCGGCAGCAAUGGCAAUGAUCAAGCUUAGCAAUAGCCAAUAAUAGAAGAACAACAAUAAUAAUUGCCAGUGUGUUGAAAAUAAAUACAAAUCUUUCUAGUAUACAAAAACAUACUUUGAGACUGAAUGCGCUGAUGUCAGCUAUGAAAAGUGCGCUAUGUAGUAGUGUGAGCGCGAAAUGCUCAAGUCACUUAGUUGCAAAUAUGUAGUUUCAAACGUAUCAAAAGACUAUAACUAAUUACAAGAUACUUGCUGUAAUUUUUUUUACUAUUAAUUAGACUAAUAGAUAUGAAUGAAUAUAUUUCAAUUUGAUUAGUGAUUUUGUGUUGCAUUAACUAGCGUUUGUUGGUAGUCAGCAACUUCCCAUUAUAAUUAAAACAAUUUUAGUUGCAAUCGCCUUUGUUGAUAUGUGUAAAUUCAAAAUAUACAUGCAUACAUAUAUAUACAUACUUGUGAAUUAAUUUUUGUUGCAUUUGUUGCAAAUUUCAGAAGAAACAAUUUGUGUCUUGAAGCACUUGUGAAUUAUUAAAUGUGUUUGUAUCAUUUUUAGUUUAUAAAAUCUAUGUUUGUUUUUAACAUAAGACAGCUCGAAAAUGCUGAUUUUCAAAAAAAAUAUCAUUUGUUUUUAUCAAAAAUUACACAUAAUACAUAAAUGUAUUGAACAUGUUUUUUUCCUAAUAAUAUCAACUAUUUUUGGAGAACUACCGAAUGAGUGAGACGAAAAACUAAGUUUAUUUCCUAUGAAAUGCAAUCCACUACUCCACAUAUUAUCUUUAUAAAUUAUCCAAUCAUAAAAUAAAAAUAAAUCAUAUUUGAAUUAUAAUCAAA